AAAACAUAGGGCAGACUACACUUUAAAUGCAGUGUGAAAUGAGGGAACUAAAUGGACACACCUGGAAUCAAAUUAACACAAUCAACAAGAGGGAGAAACUGGGUCAUGGGGAGCACAUGGGGAGAAAACACACAGACAGUCCAUGGGCGUGACAUAUCGCCCCCUCCCAGAAGGCGCGUCCUCGCGCCGCAGGAACAACAUAGGGAGGGACGGGUGGGAACUUGGGAGGAGGCUCGGGAGGAGGAUGGACACCCAGGAGGAAGAUGACGAACAUAGUCCAGGGUGGAGACGAUGGAGGGAGGAGCCCAGGAGGAAACAGGAGGGGCUUGAAGCAGGCGGUGCCAGGUGGGACUGAAGGAGUGGAUGGAGUGAAGAUUGAUCUGCCAUAUCCUCCAGAGUGAUGUUAAUCAUAUUAUUACAUUAUUUCUUAUUAAAAUGAUUGCAUUGUGUCUUGUUUGAUUAUUAAUCAAAUUAUUGAUCAGUAUUUAUCCUUCCAGAUUGUUUGAUGAUUGACUUAAAUUAGUAAAGCCAUCUAUAUUCAUAUAGACUGAAGUGUGUAUGUAGUCUUUUUAGAAGUAGUAAGAGUGAAAUGUGUGAACACACGCUGGAGUCCUUAUGUGGAGAUUUUCUAAGUUUAUCUACCAACCAGGAUCUUGCUUACCUAUGUAUUGGCAUAAUUAGUGACCUCUGUUAGAGUAUUACUAUUGGUGUCUGAAACAUGUACGCAGAGCGGCCAACGAAUUCCAUCGCGAGUACUGAAGCUGACUUCUGCUGCAGGGGGCGGAGCUCCCCUCCGUGCUCUCACUGUCCACGGCUUUCUCCCUCGUGGCAGGCGUUGCGUUGUAGCCGGCUCUCGCACCUGGUCUGACGAUCCAAGAGGCUCUGGCUCCGUGGUGAUCCUCAGCUCUGACGCACUCCUUGGUGAUGGCCCGUCAGUCGUGACGGGCUCGGGCUCUCUGUCUUCGGUGGGCUCGGGCUUGCGCUCUGCGCAGUGGAGAGAUGGUGGGCUGGGCACUGAGUGUGGCUGUGUUCUGGAUGAUUGCUUCCCUCUAACUCAGUCCAGUGGUGUCUGGGAGGUCAACGGGGCGAUGGUAAUUUGCCCUGAUCCAGAACAGGGAGUUUAGCGUAGCGUCGUCAAACACCGUUAAAACGGCGAGCUGGCUGAACUCAACCACAUACACCAACAGGAAAAGGUCUUUACGGGCUAGGGCAGUGAACUUGGCAGUGAGGGGAUCCAUGGGGAACAAAGGGAAAACGGAAAACAAAACACUACAAAGCGCAGAAACAAAACGGAGGGAAAAACGCAAAUUGUCUAGGCCGGGUCUUCUGUCACAACACUGCUGUGCAGGAAACUAAGGAGCAAGGAACGUGGAGACGCAGGAGAAUUCACAAGAACAUUCUUUAAUAUUCCACACACAGGGUUACACAGAGCAGGCAGGAGACACACACAUAGCACGUUGACGAAUUAGACCCGACAAGGAAACAUAGGGCAGAUUACACUUUAAAUGCGGGGUGAAAUGAGAAAUUGGGUCACGGGGAGCACAUGGGGAGAAAACACACACAGACAGUCCAUGGGCAUGACAAAUAUAUACUGUGGUAACUUUUUUUAAACUACACUCAUUUGUUUUGACUUUUACAAUAUUUGAAAAAUAAAAUAUUUUAAAUAUUAAAGCAUAACUAAAUUUACAAAUAAAAGAGAGAGCCAUGGUCAAUGUUAAAAAUUAAAGGUUUAAUUGUUUUUCAUUUUCAUUGAAUUAAUGAAGGUGAGGAUCACUGGCAGUUGGAACUGAUCUUAUUGAUUUUUGUACAGAACAAGCUUGCCCAGGGUUUUGCGCAGCCAUUUACAGUGCGAUGCAGAAGAUGUUUCCUUUGCUAGGAAGUGGAGCCUGAUAUUGGUGUAGCUGUCUGCAAUUAAUGAGAAUGAAAACAUGACUGUUGUAUGGUUCCAGGUUGAACAUGUGCAGAGCCACCAUGGAGUUCCAGAACCCAUGUGGAUAGCCUGGGUGUAAAUUUGCUGUCCAAUUCUGGGAUGUGCCUGGUGAGUAAGUGCUGUUGAAUGCACCUCCUCUCUGCUGUUUUGCGGACUUGUAGGACACUGUCUGAUGGCCUCAUAAGUCCACCUCGGGACUUCAUGUCAAUGAGGGUGUGUCCAAGCUCAUCUUGUGAAGAACUCUUGACACUUGAGUGCUGAUAAACAAGUACUACAGGGAAUCUUCUUCAUAGUUGUUCUAACUACGAAGCCAGCUAUGUAACCAACCACAGCCUCUUUGAACAGGGACAGACAGGGAAGUUUUGUGAUGUACGUUUCUGUUCUCUUCAGUUUCAGGUUGUGUGUCGCUUUGAUGAAAUGUCAGCAUAUCAGAAGGUGUUGCCUCCAGUACCACUGUGCUGUCCAGUGGAGAGCACUUUCCACUGGUUUUGAUGGCAUGUCUCGCUACCAUUCUUUUGAAUGCUGACUUAAACUGCUUUGCUGUGGGAUUGUUGUUACAUCCAUUAGCUGAGUGAAUGGCAGAAAAAAACAUCUCAAGGUGGUCUUGGCUAAAUUUGUAGGUCAGCAAGUACUGUAACUGUGAUGUUUUGGUCCCACAUAUGUGUCAUAUAAUUGUUUGAAACUCUUUAUUGCCACCAGGAAGCCGAGAAAGGCCGUUUUCUUGCCCGUUGCCACAAGGGGUCAUCCAUUAAUACCUGGCUCCUUCAAUCCAAUGAUGUAAUUGUAAGCUUCCAUUAAGAAGGCCAUGUUGGUUCUCUCAUUAGCUUGUCUCAGUGGACUUUUAAAUUUCUGGAGUUCAUCAUAUCAAAAAGCCAGUCAAAAGUCUCCAGGAAUUGGCAUGUUGGCUCACAGUCAGCAAAGUGGGAGAUCUGCAGGUGCUGCUCACAGAAGCUGAGAGCAUCUGCCACACUAGUGCUAAUGGUCUGCGCAGGAGGUUUACAUUCAUUUUUUGACUUUGCCAAUCUAUAUGAGCUGAUCUAAGUUUGUUGCCUAGAUGUAGCCCUUCGUCUUUUUGCAGACUGUGUAAGAGUUUGAUGUAUUCCCAUUUUAUGCUGUUUCCACAGGGAUCUACAAUAAUGCCACAGGACCCUAAGGUGUUGCGUACCAGCUUCAGCACGGCAGACAUCCAAGAUGACGUGAAUUAUACGAUGGAUAUUUGAUGGAUCUGGGAAACUGGGGUUGAGUGUUGCAAGUCUGCUCCAAGGUGCUUGAGCAUAGAAAAAUGUUGAUGGACCAUCACAUGUAAGGGACUCCACCCUCACACCCACAUCAGACAAUUUGAGAAUGCAUUGGCGCACCAGAGUAGUCCUUUCUGAACCAGUCAUUCCAUGAGUCAGAAAAUAAGCUUUAAAAGCUUUAAAAAGCUUUCCUGUAGCUCAAAUAGUAGAGCAUGGUGCUAGCAACGCCAAGGUCAAGGGUUUGAUUCCCAGGGAAGGCAAGAGCUGAUAAAAUGUAAAACUGUAACAUGAAUGCAAUGUAAGUUGCUUUGGAUAAAUGUGUCUGCUAAAUGCAUAAAUGUCAGUGUAAAAAUAUGCCACUGGAGCUUUUCAGUGGUUGUCAAUACCAGUACUGGUUUGUAUGUUUUCACUUUAAAUUUUUGUGCCAAUAUCUACAUAACCAAGCAUUCUCUUCCUAUCGAUGUGCUUCAUAAUGGCCAUUUCAUCAAUCAUUAGAGCACAAAGUGUCUCCUGUCCCUUGGCCUGUGCUGCAGAAGCUUUAAUUUGGAGAGAGGCUAGUACCUCUUCACUGAAUCUGGGAUCUCCUCCAUUGCUGCUGUACCAUCUCCUUAUCAUAGGUGGGUGAGGUAACCCUAAGUCAAAGGUCUCUCUGACAUGAUUGUAGGCCUUGGCUGAAUAAAAUAGCAGAGUAAGUGCAAAUGAUUCAAGGGCUGGAUAGUAUUUUGCGUGACUACUUUUCUCCCUUUUUAUCAUUUCCAAUGGCACAUCAGAGCAGUUUUCCAGCAUGAAUGCUCCAUUCUCUGUCAAGAACUGAAAUGCCUUGAGGGACUGAAUGAUAUUCUGAAGGUUGGAAUUUUUUUAUUUUUUUUUCUCCUGUUCUUUUGCUGGUACUGUCUAGAUAUUUUUUAAAGUCUUUGUUUUUUUGGAUUGCUUUAAGCAGCUUUCCAGUGAGGGUCUUUGGACUGUCAAAGCAGUAGCUGUGCUUCUUUACUAUUGGAGCCUGAGGAGGAAUAUUAGUUCCAAACAAAGCAGAAACUAAAAGUCAAAAUUGACGUUGAUGUUGCUAAAAAGGCUGGCUGUAUUGAGAUGUUUUUAGGUUUAACAAUAUAUUUACCUGGCUGUCACUGACAAAGUCAAGUUAGGGAAAUGUGGAUGCUGCUGCUCCAUUGAUUUAAAUUUCAGGCCCACAGCCACAGACUGCCAGUGGAGACGAAAUAAAGAGCAGCACAAACAUGAUGGGGAACUAUCUACAGUACAUUUCUUUCAUUCUAUAAUUCUUAUUAAGGAAGUAUUUUUGUGGGAAUGACAUAAUAGGCUUACAACAUUUUUUUUUUUUUUUUUUUUUGUGGUAGAAAUUAAGUUAAUUAUUUGCUGAAUGAAGUUUGAAUGGUUUGUUUCAGUACUGGGGUGAGUUUCCCAAAAGCAUUGUUAGCUAAUUCCAUAGAACUCUAUUGGUAACAACGGAACUUGCGACCAUAGCUGCUUUUGAGAAACACACCCCUGAGCUGUUUUCAUGAUAAGUUUUUUUUUAAUUUUUUUAUAUAUAUAUAUAUAUAUAUUUAGUUUUAUUUAAACUUAUUUUAUAUGUUACUAUUUAAAUGUUUUGUUCGUUUAAAGAGAAAUUCAUUUUCGCUUGUUCAAGGUUUUGUAUUAAAUGUUUAUUUUUAUAUGAUUAAAUACAGUGGCAUUAAAUGCCCCUACUUUGUGCCUUUGUAAUAUUUGUAACAACAUGAACACGAAGGAAUGCAAGUGAGCUUGUUUAAGUGUAUGCAUGUGUUGUUGUUGUUUAUUUUCUCUCAAUAUGAUUAAAUAAACAAACAACGUGUUAUGUAUGAAAAGAACCAAGAGCAGAGCAGAAUUGGUGGUGCCGGAUAAACCGAGUAGUUAAUCCAGCAGUGAUUAUAUAAACCACAGGCACAAAGUCACACGCAGUUGGAUCUGCUCAAUAAGACCGAAAGAGCUUUGAAAAGUUGUGUUCAUUUGAAUUGAUACGCUAUUGCACAAAUAAAAGGAAACAUGAUGAUAGUGCUGAUAGAUCUAGUAUCAAUGCUCUUGGACCUGACAUACACCAUCAUCAGUGCGAUGGUUCGCGCUAUCCUCCGGCCGCGUCUCAAGUCGGUGGACGGCCAGUUGUGUCUAAUCACGGGCGCAGGCGGAGGGCUGGGGCGGCUCUUCGCGCUGGAGUUCGCCAGAGAAGGCGCCGAGCUCGUGCUGUGGGACUGCAACACCGAGGCCAACGAGAAGACGGCCGAGCGCGUGAGAGAACUCGGCUGCAGAGCGCACGCGUACACAGUGGAUCUGACCAAGCGCGAGAGCAUCUAUCAGACCGCUGACCGCGUGCGGAAAGAGCUGGGCGACGUUAACAUAUUGGUCAACAACGCUGGAGUCGUUGCGGGGCGACGGCUGCUGGAGUGCCCGGAUGAAUUGCUGGAGAGGACCAUGCUGGUUAACUGCCACGCGCUCUUCUGGAUGACAAAAGCCUUUCUGCCACAGAUGAAAGCCAAGAAUCAUGGACAUAUUGUGACUGUUGCAAGCACUCUUGGUCUGUUCAGUACUGCUUGUGUAGAGGACUAUUGUGCUAGUAAAUUUGGAGCUGUAGGUUUCCAUGAAUCUCUGACUCAUAGUUUAUUAACAGAGGAAGGUGUGGAUGGGGUGAAAACCACCCUGAUCUGCCCGUACAUCGUCAACACUGGCAUGUUUGCUGGGUGCCAAAUCAGGGAGGAACUCCAAGGCCUGAUUCCACCGCUGGAUCCUCUAUACUGUGUCCAGGAGUCAAUGAAGGCCAUUCUGGCUGACCAGCAAAUGAUCUGCAUCCCCCGUCUAAUGUACUUUGCUUUUGUGUCACGAGCGCUGCUCCCCUGGGAAGCUAAUGUUGCAACAUAUCGUUUUAUGGGAGGUGACAAGUGCAUGUAUUCCUUCAUUAAGACCAAACAACAGGUUGUUAACGGUGACGUGAAAUCCUCUUAGCCAUCCCAUAAUACUCCACACACCAUCCACAUUUCAAGGCAAGAAACCAAGUGUUUAUUCAGUCAGAAUGUAAAACUUUUUUUUGUCUAUCUUUAAAAGUACUUAGAAAUUCAUGUACAGUGAGUGAAAUCACAGGAUGUUUUGUCUGUCCUCAUAUUAUAUUGUAACAUUUAAUGUUUGUUAUAUGCAAUGAAUCUGUAUCUACAAUAACGUUCUGUAGUGCUAAACCAGGAUUGUCUAAUUAUUGAUGAAUAUAAUUGUAAUGACUGAUUACCAUUUCAUAGCAUGAUGCAUGUGAGCAGAUUAUAUACAAUUUUAUGACAUUAAAAUGUAAUUUAUUUUUUAAAAUGUGUUAAUUUCAUUUUUAAUGUUAUAAAUAAUGACUUAAUGAGUAUGAUUAGUGACAACAACACUAAACAGACAAAACUAAGAACUAAAGCAGGCCAUUUUCUGAAAAAACAAAUCUAAUCUGAUCACUUUUGUGAAGAAUCUCAUUUCAAAUUUACAUAAUUUAACAUUUUACCCAUUAAAUUCAGUCGGUUAAUUGAAAACUUGACUUGGCAUUAUGGAUAAUCAAUACAUGACUCCUGACAUGGAUUUUGAACAUUCCUUCCUGA